AUAUACUUUAUUCAAAAUCAAUAUAUAUUGCAUGAGCUAGAAGGCUUCUCUAAUCUGACUUUUCUUUCUGCAUCUGUUUUUUAAUUGCAUGUUUAUGGCAGUCGUGGUUAUUAUAAAACUAAUCCUGACUCAUGAGAUGCAACCCAUCGUUGGAAACCGUAGGGUAGAGUUUGCUGCUAUGCAAGGAAGAGAAGCCUGAGAACUCUAUACCGGUCGGUGCAUCGGUUCCCAGAAUCCAUUCCUCUUUGUUUCCUUUUCUUUUCUCUUUUACAAUCCAAGGGAGAUGGAAAAGGAAGCAUCUAACACCCUUUCUUCCAUACUGGAUGGAGAUCAAAAUGGUUAUUCUGCCGAGUCCUGUACAGUCGAGAGGAAGCUCAGAUUAUUUGGAUUCGAGCUGAAUCCAUAUAAGCAUAACGAGAGUAGCAUGAAAGGGUCUACCGAAGGAGAUCACGAGAGUGUGAAUUCGUCAAAUACUGCGUCAUCUGAAAGGGCAAAACCUGUCAAGGAGAAAAGCUCAAGUGCUGGGCCUGGUGAUAAGAAGUUCGGGUGCCAGUAUUGUUUCAAGGAGUUUGCAAAUUCACAGGCAUUGGGGGGCCACCAAAAUGCCCAUAAGAAAGAAAGAAUGAAGAAGAGAUUAUUGCAGUUUCAAGCUAGGAAGGCGAGCCUCGGCGGUUACCUUCAACCUUACCAAGAUAACCUCAGCAACAAUUAUCAAUACGGCUCAACUUGUACUCCAUGGUUCUUCGAUCCCUCCUGCUCUACUACUCCCGAGUUCACGCUCCAUGAUCAGGAGUCUCAGAUUAGUUUCAAUCCAUACCAAGAAUAUUCCCAUCUGAAUGAUUCUCAGAUUUCAAAGUGGGAUGCCGUUCCAGCUGACCAGGUUCCUUUCCAGCAACACACUCGUAACAACUUCACUUUCAGUCAUGCUGAUCAGAGAUCCAGAGAUAAGCCUUCUCCUUCGCUUGCUUCCAAGAAGGCCUGUCGUAAAUCUUUGGAUCUUCAGUUAGGCCUCAGUACUGGCAAUAGCCCUUUGCCUUCUUGAACUCUCGAUCAAUGAGAGAAAAAAACCAUCAUAGGCGUGUGACUUAGAAGAUAGCUCAUGCAUCUACAACUCAGUUUCACCAGACGAUGAAAUAGCCUUCGAUCACACGAUGUAUUUGUAUUCUGGAAAAUGGUGAAGAAUAGCUCCUAGAUUAACUGUAUAGUGAAACAUUUUCAGGUUGGAAGGGUUUUUGAGGAUAGUAAAAGCUUCUCAGAAUUUGGUCCGGCCAGGCGCCAUUAUUUCACUCAUGUGUUUUGACUGAUCAGAAAUUCUCAGUUCAACAGUAUCUGCACUUGCAUGUAUACGUAUCCACGGUGAUGUAAAUGUGACAUCUUUACACAAUACAAGUCCCUCGUGAGUUUAAAUUU